GAGGUUGCAGUAAAAUAAACAGCGGCGCCCUCUGCUGGUGUUGAUUACUAAAGACAAGGCUGGCUGUUCAAACUGGUGUAUUUUAUGCCUCUUUACAGUUUUCAACUUCAAAAACGAAAAUGGCGUCCUUAACAACCACAGGUUUCUCUGAUACACACCUUCUGGAGUGCGACGUCCUCACGUCUCAUCACAGUGCCCAACGAUCGGAAGACAGAUUUUCUCAACAGAAGACAGAGUUUCUUAGAAAUGCAGAGAAGCUUAAAUACCAGAUUGAGAAACUGGAAAAGGAGAAGAUGGUGAAAGUUCAAGGCAGGAAGAACAUUUUCCCUGAGGGAUUGGGAUUAUUGGAAGAGUUUGAUAAAGGACUUCAGGAUGAUCGAAAUACUGAGCAUGUGAAUUUGCAAAACCAAAUGGUGAAAAUCCAAAAUGGUGUACUGAGAUUCCAGAGGCAGCUGACUGAUGUGAAGCCUACCCCUUUGUUAAUUGACAAACUGAAAGAAAUAAUGACAGAAGUUGAAAAUUCUAUCAAUACUUUCAAAGAGGAUCAACAUCAAAGUUUUGAGAUGCUUUUGAAAGAGGAAAGAACAUGCAGCCAGGAGAUAAGUGCCUUCGAAAAGAAGAUCGAGACUUGGUUCUUGCCUGUAAAAGUAGACCCACAGUUGCCACCUGCUUCCUCAGCCAAGGUGUGUGUUGCAAAAGCCCUGGAGGAUGGCAUCCAUCCCGAGGUGACUGCUCUAGAGGCGUUCCUACUGCAGUCUGGAGGGCAACAUGGGGGCUGGGACCAGUAUGACCAGCAGAGCUUCCUGAAGGUGUGGACCAGGUACAAUGGCAAACCUGCUUACAGGAAAGAGGCUCUGAUCUACCUGCCUGGCAAAACUCUGCAUGACAUUGAACAGCACGAACAAUGGUAUCGUGAGUUCCUGCAUCUCCAUGAGAAGAAAAAAAAGGCUAUUCACCAGUGGAAGGCUGAGAGACAGCAGGAGAGGGCGACAAGGCUGCACCAGCAGGAGGUGCAGGAGAGCGCUGCCAGGAGGGAGAAGGAGGCACAGGUUGAGGCUCGGCAGCGACAGGCCGAGGAGGAGAGGAGAGAGGCAGCAGCUCGUCUGCAAGAGUGGAAGAGGCAGCGCCAGCUUUGCAUGGAGAAGGAGGAGGAGCAGAGGCUCACUGAGGAGAUCCAGCAGAGGAGACGAGCCAAGGAGGAGCGCCGGAGGCAGCUGGAGGUGAAGCUUGCCCUGGAGGCCCAUAUUCGCCAGAAGAAGGAGGAAGAGGAACUUGUGAGUAGGCAUCAGGAGGAACAGGAACAGGCAGACAUGGAGGAGAAAAGGAGAGUGGCGGGCCAGAGCAUCAAACGCUUUCUGGAAAGGGACUUCCAGAAGAUGGAGACAAAAGUCCAAGAAAGACAGGAGAAGGAAAAGCAGGAGCUAGAAAAACACAAAAGACUCGCCAAGCUAAAGGAGAAGGCGGAGGCUGGUGUCAGCAGGGACCCCGCAAGGCUCUGCAAACCCACAAAAGGAUGGGAGGAACGCACCAAAGAGAUUGGACCGACUGGGGGUGGACCUAUAUUACAGAUGUUUCAUAGGGCUGUCCCAAGUUGGAGACAAGGUCUAUGAGGAUGUCUGACUUGAGCCGUUUCGGGAAAAUAAUAAAAUGACAAUCGUGCAUAAUUCAUUUCCUUGUGUA